UUCGCUGCGAACCACUGCCGCUGGUGUACGUUGUCCGUUCACGUGUUUCGAGUGAAGUUGUUGCGUGGGGGUUGUGUCACUCCCUUUCACCGACAGGGUUAAGUGAUGCUGCCAUAAUUAAAACGCUUCCAGUUUGUGGCCAAGAAACAAGAGUGAAAGCAAACGACCAGCAAACCGUGUGUGUGUGUGCGUGUGCGUGUCAGUAGAACGUUCCAGACGUUCCUGUGUGCAAAAGUCAGAGCAUCAAAGUGUCAGCGACACAUGCUUAUCGGGCAGUACUAGAGAAACGCAACGUUAGAAGGGCCUCACGGAGAAGAGACCCCUUAGGAUCCGAGCAGCAGAGCAAGUGUGUAAAAAGAAAGAAAAUAAGAGUUCCUCGGUUUCAAAGAAGCGGAAAAACGUGAAGAAGUGCAACGAACGUACGAUGGGACGCGGCCAUGUGCUUCGGGACCGGGUGCGGCUGAUUAGCGGUAAUGGCAGGCUGUUGCUAAUUGCCACUAUCGUCACCCUCGCCGGGUUGGCCGGGCUGGCCGAGGGCGUUGGAUGUCCGUCGAAGUGCUCCUGCCAACAGCGAACAGUCCGUUGCAUCAAGCAGCAGCUCGAUAAGGUUCCGGAAAUGCCGCCCGAUACGAACAUAAUCGAUCUGCGCUACAAUCACAUCCGCGAGCUACCGACCGGUGCGUUCGACGGACUGCGCCAUUUGCAUACGGUAUUCCUUAACGAGAACCAGCUGACGAAAAUCCACUCCGGUGCAUUCCGGGACCAGCCAUCGCUCAAGUAUCUCUAUCUCAACCGUAACCGAAUCGACACCAUCGCCUCGGAUGCAUUCAUCUCGCUGAACCGGCUCCACAGCAUGUACCUACACUUCAACAACCUGAGCCGGCUGGAACCGCAAACCUUCAGUAACAUGGCCUCCCUAGAACGACUGUAUUUGCACGGCAACCAAAUUAAGACCAUUCCGGAGGGAAGCUUCAAACAGCUAUCAUCCCUGCGACGGCUCCGGCUGGACGAUAAUGCGCUCGAGUGCGACUGCUCACUGCUCUGGUUCGUGCGGACGAUGCAGCAACCGAACUGGAAAUCGCUGGUUGCCGGUGCAACCUGCGCCACACCGCCCGCCCUCGAAGGUCAACCAAUUAGCUCGAUCACGGAGAAAGAUUUCCACUGCGCAAAACCGGAAAUUGUCGUCCAACCGAGGGACAUCGAGAUAAGCUACGGUCAGACGGCCGUGUUCAGCUGCAAAACGUCAGGAGACCCACGGCCGGAAAUCGUGUGGCUGUUUGAGGAGAACACAAUCCGGUCCGAAUCGUCGGACGGUCGCAUUACGUUGCUGCCGGAUGGGUCGCUGCGUAUCGAUGAAACCGUUCCGGCCGACGGUGGUCAGUACGCGUGCAUCGCCCGGAACAGUCUCGGCGAGUCGCGGUCACGCACCGCACAUCUGACAGUCAACAACGAUGUGGUCGAAAGUGAGGCGGAAGCACCCAAGUUCCUGCGCACACCGACCGAUCCGCUCGAGCUGCUCGAGGGCGAUCCAAUCGUGCUGGAUUGUGUCGUUACCGGUGCUCCAACGCCAAGUAUUUUAUGGAAAUUCAAUAACGAAAACAUCCAGAACGGACGCAUCAAGCUGUUUGGGAAUGGUUCGCUGAUUUUGUCCGUGUCGACGCUGGACGACGGUGGCAUCUACACCUGCUGUGCUGGGAACGCUCUCGGCAACAUUUCGGUCAACGUGACGGUCCAGGUGAAUGCUCGUCCGCUUGAAUCCAUCACGUCCUCCACACCGACACCAUCAGCUUCAUCCACAGCAGCGCUGGUCACGGUAGCUGCAGCCAGCCCGACCACCGUACAACCGCCGGGCAGUGCGACCCCACUCUCGAAACCAUCGCCGAAACCGACCGAGCUUAGUAAUGCCAUUCCGGAGGAUUCCGGAACCGGAGAACACGAAGCUCCUCCAAGAAUCGUGCUCGGGCCGGAAAAUCAGAACGUGAAAAUCGGUUCAACCCUGACGCUGGAAUGCGAAGCCGAUGGAAACCCGCUGCCACACAUCUGGUGGAAAAAGGACGGACAGCCGGUGAACGAAACGAGCCAGGUCUUUUUCACCGACGAUGCGAUCGAGCUAACCAUCGACCACGUGGAGGUAUCGGACUCAGGCACGUACGUCUGUGUGGCCGAGAAUGAGCUGGGAAUAGCCGAGGUCGAAGCGGAAGUGGUCGUGAUCAACGUCGGUCCGCCGCGAUUCCUGUUCGAACCGUACGACCUGGAUGCCAUCGAGGGCACUACUGUGGAGAUGCCCUGUAAAGCGGAGAAUGACGAUAUACUUCAGAUCAAAUGGCAAAAGGAAGGUCGUACCAUAACCCCGAAAGACAAGUACCGUAUAUCAUCCGCCGGCAGCUUGUUCAUCGCCAACAUCACGUUCACGGACGAGGGCCGGUACGAGUGUUCGCUGCUGAACAAGUACGGCCGGGCGACGGCCAGCGGUAUGCUGACGGUGAAGAAGAAGGCGGAAGCACUGCCGGGCGACCAGUACGUACGGAUUGCGAUUGCCGAAGCAUCGCGGGAGGUAGAUAUGGCCAUUAAUCAAACCAUCGGGCGUAUGUUUGCGACGGGUCGCAAUACAACACGCUAUCACGACGAUCUGUUCCGCAUCGUGCGCUUCCCGACCGGUCCGGCCCGCGAGAUUGCCCGCGCGGCGGAAGUGUACGAGCGGGCACUGGUCAUCAUCCGGAAGCACGUCGAGACGGGCGCCAAUCUAACGACCAACACGACCGACUUCUGGUACCAGGACCUGCUGUCGCCCGAGUAUCUCGAUCUGCUGGAGCAGCUGUCCGGGUGUAUGGCGCACCGUGUCACGCCCAACUGCUCCGAUCUGUGCUUCCACGCGAAGUAUCGUGCGCUGGAUGGGACGUGCAACAACUACAAACAUCCGGCCUGGGGCUCUUCCCUUACCGGGUUCCAGCGGCUUCUGCCACCGGUGUACGAGAAUGGGUUCAACAGUCCAAUCGGAUGGAACCGGUCGGCUGAGUAUAAUGGGUUCAAGAAGCCCAGUGCUCGGCUCGUCUCGACCAGCCUCAUCUCUACCAGCACCAUCACCCCGGACGAUCGUAUCACGCACAUGGUGAUGCAGUGGGGACAGUUCCUUGAUCACGAUCUAGACCACGCGAUUCCGUCGGUAACUUCGGAGAGCUGGGAUGGUGUUGAUUGUAAGAAGACGUGCGAGUAUGCUGCGCCCUGCUAUCCGAUCGACAUCCCGCCAGGCGAUCCUCGCAUCCAGAAUCGACGCUGCAUCGAUUUUGUGCGCUCGAGUGCCGUCUGUGGUUCGGGCAUGACGUCCAUCUUUUUCGGCAGUGUACAACCACGGGAACAGAUUAAUCAGCUGACGGCGUUCAUCGACGCGUCGCAGGUGUACGGCUAUACUGAGGCAUUCGCUCAGGAACUGCGUAAUCUAACGACCGAGCAAGGUCUGCUGCGUGAUGGGCCACACUUCCCGAACCAGAAGCCACUGUUGCCGUUCUCCGCACCGACCGACGGUAUGGACUGUCGGCGAGAUUUGGACGAGAGUCAGAUCAACUGCUUCACGGCAGGGGACAUUCGGGUGAACGAACAGCUCGGCCUGACGGCAAUGCAUAUCGUGUGGAUGCGAGAGCACAAUCGACUAGCGGAACAGUUGCACCGCAUCAACCCGCACUGGGAUGGAGACAGGCUGUACUACGAGAGUCGCAAGAUUGUCGGUGCGAUCAUGCAGCACAUCACGUACGAGCAUUGGUUGCCGCUGGUGAUCGGCGAGCGUGGAAUGGCUCAGCUGGGCGAAUAUCGGGGGUACGAUUCGAACGUCAAUCCGACCAUUUUCAACGAGUUCGCUACGGCUGCCUUCCGGUUCGGCCACAGUCUCAUCAAUCCGAUGCUGCACCGGCUGAACGAGUCCUAUCAACCGAUCGCGCAAGGACAUCUGCCACUGCAUAAAGCCUUCUUCGCUCCCUGGCGGCUGAUGUACGAGGGAGGUGUGGAUCCUCUGCUCCGAGGCCUGUACAGUGUACCGGCUAAGUUGAAAAAGUCCAACCAGAACCUCAACACCGAUCUGACGGAGCGUCUGUUCGAGGUGGCACACGCUGUAGCACUCGAUCUAGCGGCGAUCAACAUCCAACGGUCACGUGAUCACGCCCUACCAGGAUACAACGAUUACCGGAAGCUUUGCGGUUUGAAGGUAGCGACCGAGUUCGAUGAUCUUCAGGCAGAAAUAUCGGAUCCUGCCAUCCGACAAAAGCUAAAAGAACUGUACGGACAUCCGAGUAACAUCGACCUGUGGGUUGGAGGUAUUCUGGAGGAUCAGCUGCCCGGUGCAAAGAUGGGUCCGCUGUUCACCUGCGUCCUGGUACGCCAGUUCCGAGCGCUGCGAGAUGGUGAUCGGUUCUGGUACGAGAACGACGUGUUCAAGCCGGAACAGUUGGCACAGAUCAAGCGAGCCACGCUGGGGCGUAUUAUCUGUGACAACGGGGAUAACAUAACGACCGCUACGGACAACGUGUUUGUGUUACCGGCAAAGCAGGGCGGCUACAAGCGUUGCGAUGAGAUCCCACAGGUGAAUCUAGAACACUGGGUCGAUUGUACGGAUUGUUCGCGCCAUCAUAAACGAUCUGCACCGGUCACGGUACGUCAGCGAAGAUCGGUGAGUCGUGCGAAGCGUGCUCUGCCAACGAACGGCAAACUUGACAAUGUUAAGCAGAUAGACGAGCUGGAGCGGCCACAGCCAGAAAACGAAGGACAUUACGCACUGAACGACAACCAUCUCGAGCAGGUGGAUGAAGAUUCGUCCUUCGUUGAUGACGACAUGAACGAGGAACGGAUCGAAGGAUUGGAAGCCCUUAUCGAAAGCUUCCAGAAGUCAAUGAAACAGAUGCGGCGAAAGAUACGCCGACUGGAGCAACAGUGUUCGGCAGCAGUUCUAGCAGCCACUGCCGCUGGUGCUAACGUUGGUGGUGGUGAGAAUCCUGCCAAGGGUAAGCCGCACGGACACUGCGUAGACAGCAAAGGGAUAAAGCGGUUAAACAACGAAAUCUGGAUGCGAGACGACUGUACCAAGUGCGAGUGUGAGCAUCACCAGAUCAGUUGCGAGACGGAGAAGUGCGCCGAGCUGAUCUGCGAGAACAAUCUGGUGUUGGUGAAGGAACAGGGCAAGUGCUGCCCGGCGUGUGUCGUAUCGGACGAUAGUGGAACUAUGACCACUAUCAUUAAAGAUACUCCGUAAGCAGGCGGAUCCACUGAGACGGCGCAUGGAUUCCGAAGCAAUUCCGAAGUCCUGUUACAAUCUUCCGGGAGAAACCGUAGUCGAGUUGACAGUUGAUCAGAUUAAUUGUCGAUCGAAGCACUCCAUCGCGGAAUCGGACUCUAGCAGACUGGACUAAGGUGAGGAUGGUCGCGUGGAGGAUUUGCUAGGGUGAUGCUCGAUAGCGAUCAUGUUCACAACGUAAAAGCGAUAUCAAAUAUUACCGACGGGAGAAAGAGACCAGACGGACGAAGAAGAGUGAGACCAGCCAGCUAGUUACGAGACCUAUCUAUCUUUACUAAUCAUGUGACUCAGUUUUGUGCUCGCCACAGUUGAUAGACGUGUUCCGUUUCGUUAGCUGCAUUAAGCGUUAGUGUGUCCCGCACACUUAGGCAGCCCUGUAGGUUGGCUAGGGACUUGAGUAGGUUGUGUUAGAAACAGAAGCGAUUAGUAGACCCCACUGAACCUUACUUUACGUGUGAAUCAAUGUGUUUCCGUUCGAGAAAGCCUCCACCAUCACCUAUUUUUGUACUCAGUUACGCGAUCAAACAUUUAGAGCCGACUGAUCAAAGCCGACAAGCAACACACACACAUACACACACACAUUUGCACCGUUUUACAGUAAACAACAAACAACCAAUGGCGUAUAGUAAAGGAAAGUAAACACAUAGUCACUACAAUUUAUCGAAGUUUGCAAACUAGUUUUAGCGCGAUUACAGCCAUUUAUAGCAAGUUUUAGUGAUAAGAUUUCUUCGUUGGUGACAAUACACCGUACCAGGAUCGACUGUCCGUCAGCGUCGACAACCAUACCUAGUAAUCCCAGGUCAUAGAUCAGUUUGAUUUUAAGAGCGAGCAAGAGAAACUGGAGCCCCAACCAGGACAUGGCCGCGCAAUAUCGAGACGCCGAUUUUAGGAAUCCACUCUGUCCACUUCCACUCAGAAAGCUCAUCUAAAGCGGUGCCAAAACGACGACGGUUCGUUCGCGAAUGAACUUGCCACUAGGAGUGCGGCAGCAUAUCGUAAUUAUCGUCUCAUUGAGAUGCUUUAAUACUGGAAGACAAUGACGACUACUACUACUACUACUACUACUACUGAUACUACUACUACCUACGGUUACUUACUGUAAAUACUUUUUUUAAAUCGUUCCAUUUCACCUUGACUAGAGCAAAACUGAUACUCUAGUAAAACCCAGAUCGGACACAGACACGAUCGUACAGCUAAAAUCUAUCGGACAGUGGCCAUCCGAACCGUGCCAUCGAAUCAAUAAGAGAGAGAGAGAGGGCUCGAUUGAAUUGGGAGCAGAACUAGGGAGGCAAACGUUAGACUAAAUUUUAUUCGAAGUGAGGAAGAUGAAAAAAAACUAAACCACGAAACUGUUCCCCUCUCAUU